AUGGUAGCCAACUACGUGUCUCAACUGUUGUUCGCUUUCUUGUACUUGACAGAAUUGGCUCAGUGCCUCACCCCAGCACAAUGGAGAAGCCAAUCAAUUUAUCAAGUCUUUACCGAUCGUUUUGCGAGGACUGAUGGGUCGACAACUGCUUCUUGUGAUGUCAACAAGUACUGCGGCGGCACGUUCCAGGGCAUCAUCAAGCAGUUGGAUUAUAUCCAGAACAUGGGCUUCACUGCGGUUCGUAUUCAUAAACCUGAUUCAUAA